GGGGAGAGGAGAUUAAUACAGAAAGCCCACAUUCAUUCAUUCGUUGUCUGUUCAUUAACGGCCUGCACUUCCUGGCAGUGACCGGUAGGUGGCGGUGACGCGCCGCGUCGCUGUUCAUCAGCUGACAGGAAAAAACAUCAAGAAGAAGAAGAAGCAGGAAAAGAAGCAGCAGCGCGUUAACGUCCUGUGUCCAUCUGUCUGUCCAUCUGUCUGUGGGCUGGUCUGUCGGCCGAGGGGCGGAGUCCGGAUGCCGUGGAGGUGCUGUGUUCCCGGGUGUAAAGGCUACGAUGAGGCCAAGUCGAUGGGCGUCGUGUUUCACGGGUUACCGACCAGAGACCCGCAGCGCUGCAGAACAUGGCUGACCGCGAUCCAGAACCCCCGCUACGACGAGAACACCCCGGUGUCCAGGUACAGCGGGGUCCGGGUCUGCAGCCUGCACUUCAGGCCGGAGGACUACGAGGAGGACUUCAGGGCUAAGAUACUCAACGUCGCCCCCAAACCGAUGCUGAAGAGCGGCGCCGUGCCGUCCGUGUUCCCCGGGAGAGGGCAGGGGGAGCCCGGCCGAGCCGACCCGGCAUCUGCCCCGGCUCCGAAGAGAACCAGGACCCAGACGAGCCGCGGAGCUGCAGACGCCUCCUCACAGCCGCCUCCGGCCGCCGGCUCGGACGACAGCUUCUGCAUCGUGGUGUCGGUCGACCCCCUGGACGACGGCAGCUUCCGCUCGGAGCCGGAGUUCAGCGAGUCGGACGAGGACAUGGACAAAGACUGUACGAUCGUCUACAACCACAGCCUGAUGGAGCUGUUCAGGAUGUGUCAGUCGUGCGGGCAGCCCAUAGUGGAGAAGGAGGUUUUCCACUCGGGAGCACAGAUGAGGGUGAAGUGGAGCUGUCGUGGCGGACACUCCGGGACGUGGACGUCCUCGCCUCGUCUCAGAGACGUGCUGCCGUAACAUCCACCUCCACCUGCUCUCAGCUGCUUCAGCUCACGUCGGGAGAAGCCUCUGAACUCACUGAGCAGCAGGAGGGUGGAGGAGGGUGGAGGAGGACCAGGGCUCAGACUGUAGCUACACCCUCACAUCAGACUCCACAGACAAAUGUGACGCUCACUCCUCUGUGUACGAGGAGUUACUGUGUCAGGGACAGCAGCUUCAACAAAACAAACACUCCUCUGUUCUCAGUCCGUUCCAGCACGUGAUUCAGAAAUAAACCCAGAGACAGACACAGUGAGGACAGAGGGACAGAGGGAGGACAGAGGGAGGACACAGUGAGGACCAGUGAGGACACAGUGAGGACACAGGACAGAGGGACAGAGGGGGGACAGAGAGGGGGGACAGAGAGGACAGAGGGAGGACAGAGGGGGGACACAGUGAGGACAGAGGGAGGACACAGUGAGGACAGAGGGAGGACACGGGGGGGCAGAGGGAGGACAGAGUGAGGACACAGUGAAGACACGGUGAGGACACAGUGAGGACAGAGGGAGGACAGAGGGGGGACGGGGGAACAGAGGGAGGACACAGUGAGGACAGAGGGGGACACAGUGAGGACACAGUGAAGACACAGUUAAGACAGAGUGAGGACACAGUGAGGACAGAGGGGGACACAGUGAGGACAGAGAGGGGACACAGUGAAGACACAGGACAGAGGGACAGAGGGGGGACACAGUGAGGACACAGGAAGGACACAGUGAAGACACAGUGAGGACAGAGAGGGGACACAGUGAAGACACAGGACAGAGGGACAGAGGGGGACAGAGAGGGGACACAGUGAAGACACAGUGAAGACACAGUGAGGACACAGUGAGGACAGAGGGAGGACACGGGGGGCAGAGGGAGGACACAGUGAGGACACAGUGAAGACAGAGGGACAGAGGGGGACAGAGAGGGGACACAGUGAAGACACAGUGAGGACUGAGAGGGACACAGUGAGGACAGAGAGGGGACACAGUAAAGACACAGUGAGGACACAGUGAGGACAGAGAGGGGACACAGUGAAGACACAGUGAAGACACAGUGAGGACACAGUGAGGACACAGUGAGGACUGAAGAGGACCAGCUGGUUCAUUCUGCUGUUUAACUCAGGUGUUCAGUCGGUGUUAACUCGUCAUAGCUUCAGCUCUCAGCAGGUACAGCUCACCUGACACCUGAGCGACCCUCACUGCCCGUCUCACGCUUUCAUCAGGUUUCUAACCUUUAGCUUGAGGUUUGGUCGUUUGAAGACCAGAUGUGGUCGUAGAGUUUCCAGCCUGUGUGUGUGAGGAGCCACAGAUCUCCUCUGUUUCUGAGCAGUGAACAGACUGAGAGCCACACACACUGAAGACAUGUCAUCAUGUUCCAACUCUGACUGAAUAAAUCUGCAAUAAUCAA